CUCAACGCCCAGCGACACCGACCGUCAACACCGUCAACCCCAGGUUCCUCGCCUUCAAUUCAAGAUGACUCACGAGUCCGUGUGGUACAGCCGGCCCCGCAAGUUCGGAAAGGGAUCCCGUGGAUGCCGCGUUUGCACCCACCGCGCUGGUCUCAUCCGCAAGUACGGGAUGAACAUCUGCCGUCAGUGCUUCCGUGAGAAGUCCCAGGACAUCGGUUUCGUCAAGUACCGGUAAAUUUCUUUUUUACUACGACUCCUUUGUGUUGACGACUUCGUUACGUGCUCGGCGCCUGGCAUUAUCCAUGGGAGGAAAAAUGGACCGAAAAGAAUUUCGCUUAGGGGUUCCCCGGAGACAGCAAAGUUGAUAAGGUUGUGGGCGAUAUUUUCCAGGGUGUCGGCUUCCUUCAGAUGAUUCUAGGGAAAUAGAAAAACUCCUGGUUCUUCCUUUUUGUUCUUCCCAAGUUUUCCGAUCAGUUUCCGAGAUACAAUCCGAUUCCCGACUUUCGAACCGG